UCCGUCGGGAUCCUACAAGAUGUCUUCCAGGCAGCAGGAGUGUUUCCCCUGCCCGGCCAACAGUGUCGCGGAGGAGGAAGGAUCUGUGGUGUGUGUGUGUGAGGAGGACCACUUCAGGACUCCCCUGGACACUCCCUCAGCACCGUGCACACGGCCUCCCUCCCCUCCGAGGGAUCUGGUCUACAGCUUGAAGCAGUCCACGCUCAUCCUGGAGUGGGCCGCGCCCUCCGACACGGGUGGCAGGCUGGAUCUGACCUACAGCGUGGGGUGCCGGCGGUGUCUCGGGAGGCAGUGCGAGCCGUGCGGGGCGAGCGUCGGCUUCGUGCCUCAGCAGGUCGGCCUGACGGAAAGAACGGUGACCGUGGUCAAUCUUCUCCCCAACACCAACUACACCUUCACUGUAGAAGCCUUAAAUGGAGUGUCGGAACUGUUGCCCAACAAGAGGUUCUACACGCAGGUCAACGUGUCAACAAGCCUUCCUGCGCCAUCUCUGAUCAGCGAGCUGCGAGCAGAGAAGAUCGAACAGAAGAGCAUAACUUUGGUGUGGAGGGAGCCGUCCUACCCGAACAGCAGCCGCACCGAGUACGAGGUCAAGUACUACGAGAAGGAACAAAAGGAUCAGAGUUAUUCCACCAUGAAGACGGCCGCCACACGGAUCAGUGUCAACAACCUCAAACCUGGCACCACAUACGUCUUCCUCAUCCGCCCUCUGUCCACGCCAGCCUCCUCCUCCUCCUCAUCGUCCCUGUCCUCCUCCCCGCUGUCGUCAUCUUCAUCCUCAGCCUCCUCUUCCUCUACUUCCUCCUCUUCUUCGUCAUCAUCAUCCUCCUCGUCUUCCUCCUCCUCCCCGCCACCCAUCGACUACGGGGCGUACAGCGCUCCCCUGGAGCUGCAGACACUUGGCGAGUUGGCGCUGGCGUCCAGCGAACAGAACCCAGUGGUGAUCAUUGUUGUCGUGUCUGUGGCUGCCCUCAUCAUGCUGCUCUCCAUGGGAGUGGGACUGCUCAUCUGGAGGAGACAAUGUGGCUACAGCAAAGCUUCUCAAGAGGGAGACGAGGAACUUUACUUCCAGUGUAAGUGA